ACGUCCAGGGCAAUACUGCAGCUGCGAGGACAGAUUGACAGAGAACACUUGCCUGGUUUACAGACGACCGAGUACCAUGGCGCCCUCCUACAACAUUCUGACACUGAUCGGACCACUUUGCCUCAUGCUCAUUUCUGGAACGGAACAAUUGACAAACGGUGACGUCACAGUACAACUGGCUUGCUCGAGUUGGCCACACACCUGUGCUGACGUCCAAGGUUCGAACCCCCAUCCAGUGGUUACUCUUUCCAACGGCCUGGAAGUUGUAUGUGACACUGUAACAGACAAUGGAGGUUGGGUUGUUAUGCAGAGACGAGCGUCCGCCGACGUGGACUUCUACCUUAACUGGGCGGACUAUAAGUACGGCUUUGGGGAUGUCUACGGCAACUUUUGGCUCGGCCUGGAGAAAGUCCACCAAUUGACGUUCAAGAGACGGUACGAACUGAGGAUUGAUAUCACUUUCAACGGACAGGACUAUUAUGCUAACUACGAUAACUUCACUCUCUUUGGAGAGGCGGAGAACUACAGAAUCCGGGUAUCUGGAUAUUCGGGAAAUUCAUCUGAUGGACUCACCUACCACAAUGACCAGCCUUUCACAACCAAAGACCGCGACAACGAUGCGAAAAGUUCCAACAACUGCGCCGUGGAGUACCACGGUGCUUGGUGGUACAAGGCCUGCCACGACUCCAACCUCAACGGCAAAUGGGGAAGUCAGGAAUACGGCGAGGGCUUGGUAUGGGGCACCACCACCGGCGAUUACGAUUCGGCGACUUUUUCUGAAAUGAAGAUUCGACCCCUUGAUUGAGACGGAACUCGUCAGACACGCCGUGAUGACCAUGUUUCUUUUCUGGACGCUCAAAAGAAUAUCUUAGAAAAAUACGGAUAAAAAGGGUUCAUUAAUUAAAAUUAAAAUGUAUUCCCCUG